UAGGUUAAAAAGGACCCAAAAUCUGGACAGUCUAAAGGAUUUGGAUUUAUUAGGUUUGCUUCUUAUGAAUCACAGAUGCGAGUACUAGCCCAAAGGCACAUGAUUGAUGGACGAUGGUGUGAUGUGAAGGUUCCCAACUCAAAGGAAGGAUUGAUUCAGCAAGUACCUUGUAAAGUAUUUAUAGGACGUUGCACAGAAGAUCUGACUGCUGAUGACUUAAGAGAGUAUUUUGGUAAAUUUGGAGAAGUUACAGAUGUUUUUAUACCAAAACCAUUCCGAGCAUUCAGCUUUGUUACUUUUCUGGACCCUGAAGUUGCCCAGAGUUUGUGUGGAGAAGACCAUAUCAUAAAAGGUGUAUCUGUGCAUGUGUCGAAUGCGGCUCCCAAAUCGGACAAUCGUGGGGGCUACGGUAGUGGGGGCGGUCGAGGACCGGGAGGACAUGGGGGUCGCGGUCCUGGAUCUAACGGUCCCGACGGUCCUGGUAUGUACAAUCAACGCUAUGGUCCAGGUCCCAACCAGAACAAUUGGGGCAACCAAGGUGGUCCUCGAGGAAAUCUGGACAUGCCAAAUUUGCAAGCUUUGGGUAUUACAGGUCAGCAAGGUCAGAGUGGUCAGCAACAAAACUGCAACCCUCUUGGGCUGGGCCUUAAUUUGGGCGCGCUCCCCAUGAAUCCUGCAUUAGUAGCUGCCGCACUUAAUCAAGCCAGUUGGGGCCUUAUAGGCAAUCUCCAGAACCAGGGUGAGCCAAACUUUAAUCAGGGCUUCAACAAUCCACCCAAUAGCAAUUCAGGUAGUAACGCGAACGGUGGCAAUCAAGGGGGAGGUAACAAUCCCGGUUUCCUGAGCUGGAUGAACCAAGGCCAAGGUCAGGACGGUCAGUGGCCGAGACCGCCGCCGCAGCAACAGCAGCAGGACAAAGGUUUUUUAAAGUAUGAUUAAUCUUUUCUGCUAAUUUUCAUUACCUCCUUUUCAUAAGCCACACUGCUCCGCCAUUGUUGUUUUUUUAUUAUUAUUAUUAUUACCACCGUUAUAUACUAUAUGUUUAAUAUAACUUGAAGCAGUUGUUUAUAUUACACCUGUUAUAUUAUUAUAAUAGUGAUUUUAAUACCCACCACUUGCACGUUUUUACGCAGUAUUCCAAAAAAUAUCAAUUAGCUCUUUGAAAUCUCGAAACGGGUUUUAAUAGUUUACUCUUUAAUAUUUUGAACGGACUUUAUCGGCCUUCAAGACCAAGUAACCAUUACAUUUUGAUCUUUUGAUUAGUUUGACUUUUAGAAGCUUUUUUGCCUUAUUAUUUGUUCAUUAAUAUGAUGCUCAUAUAUAAUUUGAUUUUAUACAAAUUGUAAAUUAUUUAAUUAUUAUACAAUC